CGAUCACGUGGUGUGCAUCGCGAUCGUCGCUUUCGGGAGUGCGAGGAUGCGUCGCCGACGGCACAGUCAGCUGCCGAAGGUCCGGUUGACUAGUCACAGCCACUUGUUCUUCUCAGGUAGACGCGCGUAACACCCAAACUUCACGAUGGCAGACGACGAGCGGAAGCGCAUCGAGGAUGAAAAGAAGAGGAAACAGGCGGAGACGGACAGGAAGAGGGCGGAGGUGCGCGCUCGCCUCGAGGAGGCCUCCAAGGCCAAGAAGGCCAAGAAGGGUUUCAUGACCCCCGACAGGAAGAAGAAGCUCAGGUUACUGCUGCGUAAGAAGGCCGCCGAAGAGCUGAAGAAGGAGCAGGAGAGGAAGGCGGCCGAGCGGAGACGCAUCAUCGAGGAGCGUUGCGGAAAACCGAAGAACGUCGACGACGCGAACGAAGCCGAGCUCCAGACUAUUUGUGCGGCUUACUGGCACAGAUUGUACGCGCUCGAGGGCGAUAAGUAUGACCUCGAGAGGAAAAUUAAAAUGAAAGCUUUUGAGAUUGCGGACUUGAACAGCCAGGUCAACGACCUCCGUGGUAAAUUCAUGAAGCCGACCCUCAAGAAGGUCUCCAAGUACGAGAACAAAUUUGCCAAGCUCCAGAAGAAGGCCGCCGAGUUCAACUUCCGUAACCAGCUGAAGCAGGUCAAGAAGAAGGAGUUCACCCUCGAGGAAGAGGACAAGGAGAAAAAGCCCGACUGGUCGAAGAAGGGAGAAGAAAAGAAGGUAAAGGAAGAGGAAGUUGAGGCAUGAGUGACAUCAACCGUACCGCCACCAACAACAACAAAAAUCCGAUAGACAACCAAAACAACAGCAAAUACUUUCAUCCGUGAAUAACCGUCCGGCACAACAUCCAAGACUAUUCACUCCAGUCUCCUUUCUUUCAAAAAUGGCCGCUUCCGGUGCGCGGAGUUGGAAGAGAUCGUGACCACUUUACACUUUCUUGUUGCCUCACGUCUCCGUAUGUUUUCAAGAUGUCACCCCGAUAAUCGGACUCACUUUUCAUUCUUUCCGCUCGUCCUUUCUUCCCUUCUGCCAUCUUGCUAUUCGAGAGAUCAAAACUUUCCCGUUUGUCGCGCAUGGACACUCUGCACCCUGGUGGAGCAGUCGGCGGGCGCGGACGACACUUUACCCUGUCGACGUCUCGUCCAAACCUUCAAAAUGCCAGACACUUGCUCGCACGUCCAGAAAUGCCCUCCGCCAGCCUCCUUUUGUCUUUGCUCGAGUUGCAGUUGAUUGUACAUCGCAAAUCCGGUCUACCUCAUCGUUUUGUCCACCACUCCCACCGCCACGUGGAGUACUGUUAUGUAUGUCUGAAAAUAUGUCCGUGUUGCAAGCGACGGAGUUAACAAUGGGAAAGGAUAAUCAAGAUUUACUGUAAAUCAAAAAUGUUGAAUAAUGAAAAAUCUUUGUGUACAUGUC